AUGUCUCAAGCUUGUAUCCCCUGCAGGAAGCAGAAACGGAAAUGUGACAAGCUCUUCCCCGUGUGCUCCCUUUGCAAACGAUUGAACAAGUCUUGUUCAUAUCCAGUAAUUGACGCAGAAUCGCCCCGUCCCAUAUCUGUGCCCGAAUUAAGUGACCUGACGCCGUUGAAUAUUCGCUAUACCCUAGAAGCGCAAGUCUCGUCGAUUGUGGGCGAUGGACCCCAACUACAGGAGGCCAUCGCCGUAUACUUCCGAACCGUGCACGUCUGGCUACCAGUCGUGGCCGAAACCACAUUCUACUCUCGACUCUGGAAAUUCCGGACUCAACCUGCCCCGUCGGAGUUUAGCGUGCUGACCCUCUGCAUGUUCCUGGUGUGUGCGAUGCCUGUAGAUGGGACAGUGUCGGCUGAAACGCGAUCCCUGUAUGUUCUUGUGAAGGGCUUCGUCGCCACGCUGGAGGCCAUGGGCACGAACUCUUUGGACAUGCUACAGGCCCGACUACUCUUAACUGUCUUUGAAGUUGGGCAUGCAAUCUACCCGGCCGCCUAUAUCUCGGCAGGAGCUAACGUCCGGGCGGCGAUCGCUCUCGGGGCCAGUGCCGCCUCGUCCGAGGACCUGCAUGAAGUGUUUCUGGGUCCAGGAAAAGCAGAGGAGGCGCGACGGACCUGGCGAGGCAUUGUUAUCACGGAUAGGUAG